GCGCUUCUUGAUUCUGGUGCAGCUGUGAUGAACCAGAAGAGGAUGCAGAAACAGAGAGGAAACGCUAUUUUUUAGGCAAUUUUUGUACUCAAAAACGAAUUUAAAGAGUAGAUUAAGAGUCAUACUAAACUGGGAAUAUGAUUUUAGUGGCAUGGUUGUCGUUUUUGUGCAUGAUUUGGUCGGUGGGAGCAGCUAAGAGUGCAGGAGACGAUGACUGGGUUCAUCUUCCCAACAAAUGUGAAGUGUGUAAGUUCGUCAGCAUUGAGAUGAAGUCGGCCUUCGAUGAAACGGGGAAGACCAAGGAAGUCAUCGACAGGAACUACCGCUUCAUCGACGGCAAGGGGGCACCGCCAAUCAAAUAUGUAAAAUCAGACCUCCGGUUCAUCGAGGUCGUGGAGAAUGUGUGUCAGAGGCUGCUGGAGUACAAUCUGCACAAAGAGAGGACGGGGAGCAACCGCUUUGCCAAGGGCAUGUCAGAGACGUUCUCCACGCUCCAUGGGUUGGUGAAUAAAGGAGUGAACGUGGUGAUGGAUAUCCCCUUCGAGCUGUGGAACGAGACUUCAGCAGAAGUGUCCGAGCUUAAGAAACAGUGUGACGGGUUGAUAGAGCGGUAUGAGGACGUGAUUGAGGACUGGUACAAAGGGAGCCAAGAGGAAGACCUGACCACCUACCUGUGUGAGAAACACGUACUGAAAGGACAGGACGCAGCCUGUCUGAACGAGGAAUGGACGGCGAAGAAGAAAGGCGACCAGGCGGCCAUCGCGGAGGAGAAGAAGAAGAAGAAGAAUAAGAAGAAGGGGGGAGACGGCGGCUCGGAGGGAGAGAAGUCCCUGAAGAAGAAGAAGGAGAAGAAGGCCAAGAAGAAGAAGAAGAGCAAAGCCCCGGUGGAGAAAGUGAGCGGGGGGGCGUCGUCUGACGAGGACAUCCAGCCGCAGAGGCCUCUGUCCGGGCAGAAGACGGAGCUGUGAGCCCCCCCUCUGGUUCCUCCUCGAACUAAACGCUUAGUAAACAUGGCUAAAGACAUCCUGUACUGUUACACACGGUUUAAUUAUUCUAGUCACAUCAUCUAAACAUCUGUACAUCUUUAAGGUUUAUUCUGUCAUGAAGGACUUUUUCUAAAUAUUAACAGGCUGCCUAAAUAUCUUUAUUAUUUCCAUGGGUCAAAUUAUUAUAAAUUAUUUAGCUUUCCUGACAAAAAGGCAAUCUGAAGAAACUGGCAAAUUGUGAUUUUCACUGUUUAUUGCCAUUUGAUCAACUAGAUACUUAACAUUUUACAAACAUCAUGAUAAUGAUCUUAACUGUAUCAUUUUAAGGUGUAUUUUUGACAUGACAUUUUUUCAGUUGUUAAUUUACUUUCAGGCUGCCUAAAUUACUUUAUCUAUCAACUUUAGUGUUAUUUGGUACUUUGAGUGAUCAUUUCUCUGCGUUACGAUGACAUUCUAUCCUCUAAAUUAACUCCACAUGACAAGAAAUAGACUUCACUUCAUAUCAGCCUAUUAAUCCACUCAAAAAUCAGAAGUACUGAAACAGUUUGUCCAUUAUUUCUUAAUUAAAAUACAUCAACAACAACAUUUGGUUAGAGAAAAUAACAAAUGGAGCAUUCCUUUAGUUUAUAUGAUUAUAAAUUGAAUAUCUUAGAUUUUCACUAUUUAUUGGCCUUUUAUGAACUCAACAAUGUAGACAAUUCAAAAAGAAAUCACUGUUUGCUAAGAUAGAGUUCAAACCAGUCAUCAGAGUACUUUAUAUUUGGAGAUCACGACCAUCGGAGCUGUAGAUUUAGAUUUCCUCUCAGUUGAAUGUAGAUUAGCCCUUUGGGUUUCCUGCUGUUUCAUCAUAAUGUGAAUUUAAACGUUUCUGCUGUUCUGACGUUUCUUGUGUUUUCUGAAAUUAUCAUUCCCCCUGAACACUGGGUCUUUUAAGUUAUUAGUAUGGGGUUAAUUUACCUUUUUUCGACCUGGAAAUACUAAAAUGCUGUUUCCCUGACACCGUCAACACUUUAAAACACAUUGAACCUAAAACAAUGCUUUUCCUCACUUUUUCAGAAAUGUUUUAUACCAGUUAAUGAAAGUAAAGUAUGACCUUUGAAUCAUUUCCAGGGAUACAGACCAUAAUAUUUCAUGUUAUUGCCCUUAUUAUUUUGUUAGUGAAUUCAACAUGUACGGUUAUUUUUUUGUAUCAUUAAUUUGUGUUUCUGUAAUUUCCAUUUGUUGUUUUUGUUUUGGCUUAUGUGUGUGUGCUGCAAAACAGCUGCUAUUUAAGGCGUGAGUGUUAUAGUGUGUGUAUGUGUGUGUGCUUGUUGACUCCCAGGCUGACGAAUGUUUGCAUAAGUUGUGUUUUUUGCAUUUUUUCCAAUAUAUGUGUGUGUGUGUGUGUUUUUACAGAUUUUUAUUCUGAACUGAAAUGCUGGCUGUGUUGUAUUGGAGUCGCUCUUUAAAACGACACAUCAGAGGAUUAAUAAAGACAGAUUUAAACUCUGUAGACGCAGA